AUGUCUGAAAAAAUUCUUGAAAGGAAUCUUGAGGAAAAGCUUAAGCAAUUAGAAGCCUUUAGCAGCUGCGAUGUCGCCGAUGCGCUUCUCAAGAUAAACAAUCCUUAUGGAGGUUUUUUGCCCGACAUUGUUAUGUUUUCUCCAGAGUAUCUGGAUAGAAAUUCAAAAUUAAUCGGACCAGUUUUUACUGUAAAAUUUGUUCCCGUAUCCGAUGUAAUUUCUCCAAAGCCAAGCCAACAUUUUGCAGAUGCCGUUCCGGCAAAUAGUGUUGUCUUUGUGUCUGCGCCACCAAACACUGUGAAUGCUGUAUGGGGAGGGUUGAUGAAUACAAGAGCUAAAAUACGUGGAGCCAAAGGAGUUGUCGUGGAUGGUCGCGUUCGAGAUCUUGAAGAACUCCGAGGUGAUGGACUACCGGUUUUUGCAAAAGCUGUUUCGGUUUUAUCGGCCAAAGCAUUUACUCGUCCAACAUCUUUUAAUGAAUCGGUUAUUUUAAAUGGGAACUAUGAUCCACAAAUUAGAAUCAAUCCUGGUGACAUAAUAAUUGCAGAUUUGAAUGGAGUGGUGUGCAUCCCUCAACAAGACUUGGACCGCGUAUUAGAAUUAUGUGAAAAAUAUGUUGCAAUGGAUCAGAAAGUCAAGGAAGAAUUUA